UAUUUACCUAGUAAGUUUGCAGAUAAUUCUGGGAAAUAUUAAAAUUAAGACUACCCACUAUUUAUAGCCAUUUUUAGAUAAACUAAGACCCGGCUGGCAAUGGCAACACUGACGUGACAUAUACAGUUUGUUUCUUUCUUUAAAGUUUGAAUUUUUUCUUCGGUUAAAUAAACAUAGGUAACUGACAAGUAUCGUAUUUUGCUUAAAAAAGUAUUUUCUUGUGUUUUUCGUAUUGCUAAUAAAGCUUUUCAUCAUUAAAACGAAAAUGUCAGAAUUCAAAACUCCGAUCAAGAAGAUCCAACCAGUUGAUGAUAAAAUCGUCAUCCCCGCUUCGCCUUUUCUAAACAGAUUGGGAUACGGCACAGGCGUAUCAGUUCUUCAGUUAGUGCGAUCUCCUCGCGCGGGUCUAAUUCGCUCGCCAUGGGCUUUAAAAAUGCUGAACAAAAGAGUAAAACCCAACAAAGUCUACUCAGAACGUCUGCAACUAGAAGCAGAGUUGUUACAACGCAUGUCUCACCCUAACAUAGUAGGAUUUCGAGCAUUUAGUAAAGCCAAUACGCUGUUUUUGGGAAUGGAAGCCUGUGAAAUAUCUUUAGGAGACAAGAUCGAGAAACGGGUUGAAGAAGGAUGUGAGCCAUUUACACAUAUGCAGAUUUUGAAAGUUGCGUUAGACAUCGGCAAAGCUCUCGACUACCUUCACACUAAAAUGCAGCUGCUCCAUGGAGACAUUAAAUCCUACAAUAUCCUAGUCAAUGGGGACUUUGAGAUUUGCAAGCUGUGUGAUUUCGGGGUCACGUUGCCGCUGGACGAGAAUGGAGUAUUUGACAAGAUGAAAGCAGGGAAUGCAGUGUAUUACGGUACAGAAGCAUGGAGUGCCCCAGAAGUGAUCCACGGCGGUGAGAUCUCAAGCAAGACAGACAUCUGGCCGCUGGGGCUCACGCUGUGGGAGAUGAUGGCACUGAUGCCACCACAUUCGCAGUUGGAUGAGACUGCCGAUGACAGCAUGAACUUGGACCAAUCUGCUGAAAGCUUUGAUGAAGAAUAUUUCUCUCAGAGAUAUGGCACGUGUCCGCCCGUGCCCGCCAACAUCGGCGGCCGCUACAGCGGCGCGCUGCGGCUGCUGCGGCGCUGCGUAGAGCCCGCCGCCGCCGCGCGCGCCGCCGCCGCGGACGUCGUCGCGGACGCCGCGGAGCUCAUGGCUCGGGAACUCGACGCUACGCCCUAGUGGAAUACCCGAAUCGAGAAUGAAGAUGGAUAUAUUUAAAUUUCUCACAAACUAAGUUGAUGAGAUCUCAUAUUGAGAUUCAAUGUCAAUAAAAUUAAGUCUACGUUGAGCGUAAGAUAUUAAAUUAUAAUAAAUAGCGUCCAGUUAAUUUAAUGCUUUAUAUUAAGAUAUAUAUGUUAUACUUUAAAUUAGUAUACACAAUAGUGAGUUAAAAUAAGUUUAAAAAAGUUUGCUAUGACAGUGGUGUUAUCACCUAUAGAAGACGAUUGACAUUUAAUUUUAUGAUUAAAAUGUUAUUUUUAAAUUACUUGUAAUACAACAUAAUUGAUUGACCAUUAGAGUUCACCAGUUUUAUUAAAUGUUAAUUUUUAUAACCUGUUUUUCAAGUUCACUGUAUGAACCCUGAAGGAACUAAAACUAUUAUAAAUUAAGACUAGUAACAGUGUGUAUGUACUAUCAGCACCGAUUAAACUUAAAUUUAUUCAUUCAUUGUCUUAUAAUGCCUGGAUCUUUACUGCUGGUGAAUAGUUUUAGAGAAUAUUCAUAUACAAGGUGCAUUGUAAUAUCACUAUUCUCUUUUGUUAAAAUUGUAUAAAUCGGAUGAUUACAAGUUUUACAACUAUUCUUUUAUUUAUAGUAUUGUAAGACUCCAGUCCUGGGUCUCGAUUCUCACGCGAAAGUUCAUUUCAUCAUCAGUUUCCUCCAAUUGAUUCCGAAGGUGUAGUUCAGUUUCUGCAUACAAAGCACAG